AAGAUCAGAGUGAAGAAUAAAAUGAAUAAUAAAAAUCAAAGAUUAGAGUGAAGAAUAAAAUUAGUGUGUAGGUGCUUGAGGUGAGUUGAGUUGAGUUGAGUGAGGUGCUAGUUGACGCGUGUGAACGGAAGUUGAGAAACGAAAAAUAAAAAAUCUAAAAGUUAAGGUGGGGGAGUGAAGGGCUUGUCUUGUUUCUCGGAUAGUGUGAAUAGCUGGUAUGCUCUUUGGUGCCCAGUUAAAACUUGGAUAAUAAUAUAAAGGGAGAAGAAAUAAAAUAAAAAGUAAAACAACUGGAGAAUAGAGUGCAAAAUCAUGCCAACUGAUCUUGGAUACUAUACUAGCUUUUUAAGUGUGUGAUUCUCACGGAUUUAACGCGUGUUUGUCUCUUUAUCUCCUCUUUUAUUUAAGUAAUACAUUAUUAUUAUUAUUAUUAUUACUAUUAAAACUAUUGUUAUUGUUUUGUUAUCGCAGUUGUAACUAAUGUUAUCUAUCUAAUUCAACAAGCAGGCUGACCGGGGAAAUGCUAAGUACUACAUACUUCCGGCAUGUCGAGUCCACCGAUCACCAGUAAACGCUCCUUCGUAGCCAGCGAAUUAAAUCCUAAGAAGUUUGAAUUUACAAACUCAAAUUACUAUUUGUUGAGCGUUGUCCAGCUCCAGACUAUGAAUAAUUCUGAAAACAAGACCAAUGAUAAACUCGGUGUCGGCCAGUGAGAGAGACAGCCCUGGGAGGGUCAGAAAAAAUUGGAUUACUGUGAGAGUUGUUAUUUUUUUUAUUUUAUUGUUAUUAUUAUUACACUGUUGAUUUUUUUGGAGGAAUUUUUGGUACUUCUGGUGUUUUGUAGUGCUACACUAAGUGAAUUCAGGGAUAAGAUAGAGCGAUACAGAGAUAGAUGUGGGAAUAAUCUAUCUGCUGGUGAAAAGUGCCGGUGGUUGUAUAUUGUGCGAGUUUAUGGUGAUAGCAGUGACACCAGAGGUGUGCGUGGUUUAUAGCGGCAGCUUACAAAGAUUCUUAUGAUCCCUCGUCGUCGUCGCCGUCGUAAUCAUCGUAGGCUUUGUUACGAUGGUUUCUCCUCCAUCCUUCGUCACUCUGGUUUUGCUCGUAUGCCUUCAGACGGUUUUACUCUCCACUGUCAGCAAUUGCGCUAAAACAAGCAAUAUGUACUGGAAUACCACCAACUCGAUAUUUCGUAUCGACAACACCGACCACAUAAUUGAUGUAAAUAAAAAUAAUGCUGCGUUCGAGUAUGACCAGGUCAAUAUUAUUUGUCCCGUCUACGGACCCGGGACUUAUGAUGACGAAGCUGAGAAGUACAUUAUUUACAAUGUGUCGAAAGAAGAAUACGAGACCUGCAGAAUAACGAACCCGAGUCCGCGGGUGAUAGCGGUUUGCGACAAACCCACAAAAACAAUGUACUUCACCAUAACGUUCAGGCCGUUUACACCGCAGCCCGGCGGGCUGGAGUUUCUCCCCGGGCACGACUACUACUUUAUCAGCACGUCGUCAAAGGACGACCUCCACAGGCGCAUUGGCGGACGGUGCUCCACACACAACAUGAAGGUAGUCUUCAAGGUGUGCUGUGCGAACGACGGGUCAUCGUCAACCCGCAACAACAACAACCGAGUCAACAGCAACAGCAACAGCAACAACAUAAACCUCAACAACAAUAACAACAACAACAACAACAACAACAACGGUAACAUCGGUGGUGUCGGAAUGCCACCAUCGCCACCCCCGAGCGUCUUGAAGGGCGGAGAUCGAUUCUUCCCAGGAGGCAACAUCUAUCAUCAUCAGCCGGGAACAGCCGCGGCGGCGCCCACUCUACCUCACGUACCCCCGCCAGCAAUCUACCCGUCACAUCCCCAUCAGCCGCAGCCGCCGAUUCACAAUGGACCGCCAUCCCUAGCGUCACCGCCCAAGACCUCCAUCACCCAGAAGAAGAAAAACAAGGAGUACUCGGAUCAUCCGAACGAGGUGGUAAAAAAUGAAGAGCUAACUUACACCGGUGCAAGCUCAGCACUCAGUCGACCACGGGAGAGUUUUCAGCGAUUGAUUUACCUCUCAACGGUAGCACUUCUGGUCAGCACACUACUGCCCACUCUGAUGCGGUGAACCGACUGCAGUAGACCUCGGCGCCCAUCGAGACUCCCCUUCUUCUGUGAUUAUCCUACGUUUAAUUCAUUUCCACGAUCCUUCGACCUUCGUUGCCUUGGAAUCGACGGAUAGGAUGAGUGAAAGAUCCACCGACCGAAUGGAUUCGUUCAUCAACCUCCAACCCGGUCUGCACGUUCACUAACUAUUAUUGUUAACAAUUAAAUUACGAGGCCUGAUCUAUUCAAUGCUCGACAAUUUUUUAUCCCAGACUAUGAAAACAAUUUUUAAUUAAUUAAAAAAAAAAUAAUAUCAAACAAGUUAUUAUUUUUAGAUGGGUAAAUUAUGACACUAAUUUUUUUGCCUCAUCUAUUCUUGUCAGCGGUUAAAAAAUUGAAGAGAAAAUAAGAACGAGCGAGUGAAAGGAAAGAGAGCGAGUGAAUUUUUUAUUUAAAAAAAAAAUAUUUAAAGGACGUGGAACCAUUAUUAAUUCAAGCCAUAUUAUAAUUAUUAUUA